AAAAAUCUAAAGGCGUUAAAUCUAGGCGGCCAAUUGACCGGUCCCGAACGUGAAAUAAAAUGUUCACGGAACUCGCCUCUCACUAAGUCCAUUGUGACGCGUGCUAUGUGGUAUGUGGCGCUUACUAUUCCCAGGUUACGCUACGAUUCGCAUCAUCUUAUGUCGGAGCAAGCUCAGCUUGUUAGCCCCGGUGACAUGGAAUAUGAACAAACUUGGGAAAUCUCAUCCAAACUCCCAAUAACAUCGGAGGCCCAACUUCAGGGUGUGGAGACCCAAUUAAAAACAAAGUCCUAUACUGAAGCAAUGUUCGGACUGUUGGUGAAGACGAAGAGCCGCAAAGGAAGCGUGGACGGCGUCCUUCGCUUCUUGUUUGGCGACCAAUUAAUGUCGGAUUACAAUUUGGAAGGACGGAGGGGGAAAAAAACACUUUUGAAAUUAAAGUGCUUAGGCAUUGUUUUUGAUGUCUUUGCAGAACGCACAAAGGAAAACUUAUUUUUAGAUAUUAGAAAUUACAUAUCACUAAGCCACAAUAGAUAUAAACAAUAUAAACACAAGUUGAAGGUUAAGUUGGGUUUGCAAAAACUAAAAAAUAAAAGAUUAUGAGGCAUGUUCUGCCAUUCACUUUUGAGU